AUUAUUAAAAAAACAAGAUCCUUAGCUAGCUCUUCCGAGUCUUUCAAACUUGAAUUUUGGCCAGAAAAUGAAAACUAUCCCCAAACAUGAGUGACACUGAUGCCAAGGAAGUAGUUAAGGAUGUCCAGAUGGAUUCCUCGGGACCCUGCACGGAAUCUCUGGAGAAAACACAGCCUUGGUCCUAUACUUUCUGCGAAUUCGAAGAUGAAUCCCAGCUGAAGGUGAUUCAGAAUAUGAUCGACAAGGAGCUCUCCGAACCCUACUCCAUAUACACCUACCGCUACUUUGUCUACAACUGGCCGGAUCUCUGCCUGUUCGCGAUGGACGGUGAUCGUUAUGUGGGAGUGAUUGUCAGCAAGCUGGAUAUGACUCUGCCGGGUGUCCCGCAGGGCUAUAUAGCCAUGCUGGCAGUGGACGAGGCCUACAGGAAGCAGGGAAUCGGCAAAACGUUGGUGGUAAUGGCCAUUGAGGCAAUGGCUCUGAAGGAUGCCGCCAUGGUCGUCCUGGAAACAGAGAUGACCAACAAGCCGGCACUGGCUCUUUACGAGAGCUUGGGAUUCAUCCGAGAGCGUCGCCUGCUGCGGUACUACAUGAACGGAGUGGAUGCCUUUCGCCUCAAGCUGAUUAUCCAGGAUACUGGGAACCUGCCCGACACCGAUGAUUGAUCAUGAGCCCCCAGUUUAUUUCUUAGUUUACACUUUAAUGCAUUUUUUGACCAACUUCCUAGUUGGUUUUACUUUGA